GUGUUGCGCUGCUGCCCGAGCUGGCGCUCACCGACAGCAGCGAGGCGCUGCUGACGGGGCGCAAGCCGCCCUUCAGACUGCUGGUGUCACCGCUGCCGGCGGACGUGGGGGCGGAGGACGUGGGAGCGAUGGAGGCGGACAUGGGGGCGGCGCUCCAGCAGCAUCAACAGCAGCAGCAGCGGGUGCUUGCUGGCGCCUGCAGCUACGCGGUGUCGGAGGAGUUCGUGGUAGCCACCCGGCGUGUGAAGCACGCCAACAAAGCCGCCACGCCGCUGCUGGAGGAGCCGGUGGGGCGGCUGGAGCACAUCGGGCGGGAGACGGUGCGCAAGCUGGCGGACCUGGG